AUGACUGGCCUGGACAAUGUGGGGACGCGCUCCAAGCGACGAGAGAAGAAGCACUACGAUGAACACCAGGACACUCGCUGUGUCUGGGAGGCCUUCGGCAGCGCGGCGCCCUCGCGCUCGCCGUCGCCCAGCCCCUCGGUGCCAUGCUCGCCACAAGGGGCGGCGGCCGGGCGCGUGCUGGAUGCAGGCUUUUACGACCUGCACAUCGGGGGUCGCAAGGCACGUGGACACUUUGUACAAAACUCUCAGGUGUGGAGAUGCUUGUUGCCCCAGGCCCAUACAGAGGCCAGAGGUGGUGCUCCACAGGACACAAUGCAGAAAGGUGCAGACUGGUCGGUGGAGUAUGGCUUUGGACGCCUGGGCAAGCCCGUAGCCAGAACAAGCCAAGUGGCGCUCGAAUGGCCAGAGCUGCGAGUGGCCAACGCCCCCACGCUGGACGCCAGUCGUGGCAAGAGCCGCGUGGGGCACUUUGGGCAGGAUUCGCAUCAGACCAUGGCGUGCUUGCAGAUGAUGCCUUCAGGACGUGAACACGUGACUGUGAGUCCGCGGGGAGCAUCACCAGGGAGGAGCAUUAAUCCAACCAACGACAGUUGGGUGGGCUGGUCCAAGGAGGAGGGGCAGGCCAGCGUGAAGGAACAAGCGGAGCUGCUGAGCCAAGAGGAGGUCCGUGCUGGCAUGGUGCGCCGCGCCGGCCGCCGUCUUCGGCCCACCUCCCCGAACAACGCCUUGAGACAUGUCAAUGCAAUCCUUCAUUUGUGGUGCCGUGCUGUCUCCAAGCGUGCCUGUGACAUCGCAGGCUUCACGCUUCGGGCAGCGCGAGACGCGAUCUCUCUCUCGGCGGAGGAAGCAGCAAACGACUUGGGGAGCGAGCGACACGGAAGAUGGGUAGGAGGUCGUUUCCAACGUCUGGGGUGGCGGUCCAGGGAUCCCGUUGCUGCAGGGGACACCGAGGAGAAGGGGAAGUGCUUGGUGGCGGCCUCGAAGCUGGAACCGGGAGAGCUGGCUGUGCUGGAUCGUCCUGCCAUGGUGCAUGACCUUGACAGUGAAGAUACAGAGACAAUAUGGUCGAAGUUCCAGAAGUUGCCCAAGACGCUGCAAGAAGAAAUUCUGAGUUUGUUUUGUCCAGAAGGUCUAGUACACUCAUUGAAGGACUCGGAAGGGUAUAUGGAUGCAACCACCGAGCAGCAAAAGCUCUUGGGAACCUUGAAGCUCAAUAGCGUGAAGUUGUCAGGCGGAACGGGCGCAGGGGUCUUUUUGACGGUGAGCCGGGCGAACCACUCCUGCUACCCCAACACCCGCUUUUACUUCGAAGAGGAGAUGUGUGGCUUGAAGGUCUUGCGGAGCAUCGAAGAGGGCGAGGAGAUCACGGUCUCUUACCUUACGGAUCGUAGUCUCCUGCAACCGAUUGCCCCGAGGCAAACCUCGCUCCAGACCUGGCAGUUCCGCUGCCAGUGCCAGCGCUGCGCUGCCCCCUCCGACGACGCGCGCGCGAUGCGCUGCCGCUGCGGAGCGCUGCGCAGGGCGACUGCGGAGGGCUGGGGGAGGUGCCCGACCUGUGGAGCUGACGAUCAGGAGAUGCGCCGGGCCUCGAGCCGUUGGUGGCUCCGCUACAAUGCAUGUGCGCCCUUGGCGGCAGAGGCGGAGCUGAGUAGCUGCUGGUGGCGUCGGGGCAUGCAUGGUCGGCCGAGCAAAGUGAAGAGCCAAGGGUGGAUGGAGGAGGUGGUGGCACUGUACCGUGAACUGGCGACCACGGAGGGGCCCCGCCCCGACCCCUCGGUGCACUGGAUGGGGGCGAGCCUGGCGGCCUUCGCCGCGGACGCUCGGGCGACCGGAUACCGCCAUCUUCCCAAGGAACACCAUGAAGAAAUAGUUACGGGAGAAGUACCGGAGAGAGGGGAGAGAGAGGCAGUCUUUGGGGAUCACAGAAGAAGUUGUGGGUUGAGGUUCCUCCUUGAAACAGAUAUGUUUUUUGUUGGAAUGAAGGGUGCGAUGAUUGUUACCUUCGCAUUGUAUGUACAUGAUUGCUUUGCCCUGGCAACUGAGAUGAACCCAAGUAAUUAG